AUGAGCACGUGGCCACUGAACUGGCUUCCGGCAGGUGCCACAGCCGACGGCUCACCGCCAGUGUGGGGCAUCUGGCCUGAAGAGACUUUGGUCGACCCGACAGCCCACGAGUUGGAAUUCGAUUUUGGACACGGUCUGCAGUUCCGCCUCCUUCAGCGCCCCGAAAGCUUCGCCUCGCAACGUGCCGGGACGUCUCUUUCGUGCGCACCCACCGAGAGAGGGCGGCGAACCGGCUGCAUGGUCUGGGAUGGGGCCGCCGUCCUCGCCGGGAUGCUCUCUGCUGCCGAGAGGAGCUCCCAGGAACAUCCAGGCCGGGAAGCCCUGGGAUCCUGGAGAUCCGCCGCAAGAACGCGAGGGAUACUUGAGCUGGGAGCCGGUGAGGGGGGGCUCCCCGGAAUGCUGGCCUCGCGGGCCUUUGGCUGCCAGGCGAUCCUGACAGACCUGGAGGAUGUCGUGCCGCAGCUGGCGCAAAACGUAGCGCUGAACUCUUCAACUGCCCUUGUCCAGGCCCUGCAUUGGGGGAAAGAUGCUGCAGUGGAGUGGCCAGGGGCCUUUUAUCCACCCUUCGGCCUCCUCCUCGCCGCGGACUGUCUCUACGACACCGGGAACGUUCCGCCCUUUGUGGACUCCCUCUGCGCCCUCUCCGGCCCGGAGAGCGAGGCCCUGGUCUCUUUCGACACCGCCCUGGGCCGUUGGGGCGCUUAUUCCGCCUUUGAAGCCCUCGUUCGGGAGCGCUGGGCCUCGGUGGAGGAGCUGCCGCUGGCGUGGCAGCAUCCCAGGUUCCGGAAGCACGAGGUGAAGAUCUUUCGACUCGCGUUUCCGAUCCUUCCCAUUGCGUCCCUGGCGGUGCCGCAGUCGAAAGAUGUGUCGAGCUCGGCGUUGCUCACGGACACCGCGAAGCGGUUCGUUCGUGCGGAGGAGUCGGAUCCAUUGCCUCUGCAGCAGAAGCCCAGGGGAGAUCCCCGUGAGUAUCAGUAUGCGGUGCUAAGCAACGGCCUGCAAGUGGUGAACAUCUUCGAUCCCAACUCGACGCAGGCGGCGGUCUCCGUGGCCACCUCCGUCGGCUCUCUGUCAGAUCCAAAGGACUUCGACGGCCUGGCGCACCUCACGGAGCACGCCAUGUUCCUGGGCUCCGAGAAGUUUCCAGAACAGUCGGGCUUCGACGUUUGGUUGGCAGAACGUGGGGGCUUCUCAAACGCGUACACUGCGGAGGAGCAGACCGUCUACUAUGUCGCGCUGAACGAGGAGGAUUUCGAGGCCUGCCUGGAUCGCUACGCCGACGUUUUCCUUGCGCCGCUCUUCAAGGCCUCGUGGAUCUGGGACGAGGUCUCUGCUGUGGACAGCGAGCACAGCAAGAACCGCAACAGCCAGGACUGGAGGCUCCAGGAGUUGAUCCGAUACCACGCGGACGAGCGCAGCCCAAUGCACCGCUUCCACACUGGGAGCCGGGAGACGCUGCAGCGAACGUCCAAGGAGACGCUGGCAGCGGAGAUCCAGGCUUUCUUUGCUGCAAACUACUGCCCACCAAGGCUUACCAAGCAAUGCCCACGUCGACACCAGCACGCCAUCACAAGUAAGGAUACCUCGGACCAAGAUAGCGACGAGGAGGACACCUCGGACAGCCCUUCCUCGCCGGCAUGCAACAUGACCCGCGGCAUCCACUAA